CCGGGCUGGACGAGCAUCCGCGGCGCCGCGGCCGCCGAUUUCGAGCUGAUGGCGCGCGAGUACCAGCGGGAGGUUGUGGAGCGGAUGCCCGAGCGCUUGCUCGCCCUGCUCGACAGCCAGAAGGGGGCCCACCUCGGCCAGCCCGUCGACUUGUACACGCACGGAGUGCAGACGGCGAGCCGCGCGAUGCGGGCGGGGGAGGGGGAGGACCUGGUCGUCGCCGCGCUGCUGCACGACGUGACGGAGACGCUGCAGCCAAAGGCGCACGGCGAGUCGGUCGCCGCGAUGCUUGCCCCGUACAUCUCUCCGGAGGCGUGGUUCGUGCUCCACCACCACGAGGUCUUCCAGGGCUUCUACUACUACCACCACUUUGGCGGCGACCGUAACGCCCGCGAGGCGCUCUCGGGCUCGGAGCACUACGCCGCGGCGGUGCGGUGGAACGAGUACGACCAGGCCGCCUUCGACCCCGCAUACCCGAGCCUGCCCCUCUCCGCCUUUGCGCCCGCGCUGCGCCGCGUGCUCGGCCGCGACGCCUUCUGGUGGAACAGCUCGCACCUCAAGAAGCUCGCCGUCACGGGCAACGCCGGCGUGGGGGCCGCCACCGCCGGCGGCAGCAACGACACCCGCCUCGGCGCGGCCUGCAGCACGGCCUCGGCGUGAGCUGCAGGCAAGCGCUCUCUUGCACACACUCCCAACUUCCUGUACAUUUGCCAGUGCUUCCUCUCGCUAAUAACGCUAUAGCGAUGGUGUACCAUCUAGGGUAUGCGGCACCCAGAGUUCUAUAUCUGACGUACGCUUACAGCUACAUUUGAUGUCCUG